AAACAACCCAUAAUGACAAACCCGGUUACACAAAAAGAUGAUGAUUACCAUUGAAAGCCGUCCAGCAGUCCUGCUUUAGCAACCACGUUUUAACAUAACCAAAUAUCUGCCAUAAUAAGAUGUUGAUUCAAAUCCCGGUUUUGUUAACCCAGGAAGCCAAACAAGCCAUAAGGACUCUGCCCUCCAAUCCAUGUCCGAAGAGCUCAUAGUUAUGAUGUCGUCUAAUCGCAGUUGAACCCUAAGGUUCUAAAUUCCUAGGGUUUCCGCGGAGGAAGAGAAGCCCAUACCAGCAGUUAACUGACUCUAGGUUUUCUGGUGUUCUUCUGUUGUUCAGAGAGAUAGAGGGAGUCUCUUUCAGAGGUCUUCCCAGCCUUUGUGAUAUUCUGGGGUUUCCAUUGAGAGAGAGAUUAUAAUGUCCUGAUGAUUUAGGGCUUCAAUGGAGGAAGAUAAAGCUGCAUCAUAUUAUGAUGAGCUCACUCGCAAAGGAGAGGGCGCAGCAAGGUUUAAGCAAGGGCUUGGUUAUUCUUCUGGUGAAUCAACUUUCCAAGCCUCUUCUCAUUCUUCUCUAAGCAAUUUUGUGAAGGCCACAAACACAGAUAAAUUCUUGGAAGAUUCAAAGCAGAAGCAGUUGCGCAUAGAGAGCAUACACAACAAGCUCAAUCGAAAUUCAGAUAGUCGUCUUAGAGAGGGAGAUAGGCUCGAGAAUCGUCGAAGGUCUCGUAGUAGAGAGAGAAGUGAGAGGAGAGGGAGUCAUAACAGGUCUCGUAGUAGAGAGAGAAUUGAGAGGAGACAUAAUCGAAAUAGGUCACAAAGCAGAGAGAGGAGUCAUAGGAGAGGUAGGGCUGAAAGUCGUGAUCGGUCUCGUAGUAGAGAGAGGCAUUAUCAAAGAGAGAGACAUUCUCAUAGUAGAGAGAGAAGUGACCAUAGGAGAGAGAGGAGAAGCCGGAGUUUGUCCCCUAGAGCAGAGAGAGAGAGAAAGAAUGGAGAGACUUCAGGUGAUAUGUGUCGAGCAAAGAGCAAGAAUCAUGAUGCAAAGGGUUCCUGGGUAACUUCAAAGCACUCAAAUUCUUCAAAAAAUGUCGACUAUUCAAAACUCAUCAAUGGUUAUGAGAAAAUGACACCGGCUGAAAGAGUGAAAGCAAAGAUGAAGCUUCAACUUUCGCAAACUGUGGUAACAGAUGCUGCGAAGGGCAUGAGUAGUGAAUGGGAGCGCUUUGAUUUUGACAAGGAUGCUCCACUUGAUGGUGAUGAUGUGGAGGUGGAAGCUGGUGGUGGAGAUGAUGCAGGGCUUGAUACAGGAAGAAACUUUCGCUUUGCUGCGAUGGAGGCCAACAGAGAAGCCCAGAUAGAGGCUGCUCAUGAUCAAGCCAUCUUUGGUGCACCUGUUGGUUCUGCUGCCCUAUCUGAUGAAAGAUCGCCGGCCCCAACUGAUGAGGACAGAUCAGAUACCAAAGGGAAUGGAUUUGCCGAGAACAUCAUCAGUGAAAGGGUGUUUGCAAUGCAGCAAGGGUCGUGGCGUGACCGAGCUCGUAAAGUUCAACAGGGACCAAAAGACUUAUGAAGAAUGCAAUCGAAUUUGAAACCCAAAAUCAAAAUCAGCACCGUAGGCUCACUGGAGAUUGGAGGUAAGAAAAUCUUUUAAAGCCUGGUAUCUAAAGGGACCUUUCUCGACUAUAUUAAAAGAGGAUAGUAGUUCGAGUGGCUGAAUGGAAAAAAGGUGAGAGAAAUGCAGACAACAUGACAUACAAAGUUAUGAAUGGCGAGGCAUAGAAUGAGCUAUCCUUGUAGCAGUUUUCUCAUCUGCAGCAGUGAUCACAAUGUGAAAUUUCGUCCCUUCUCUUUUUGACGAAGCCACCAAAACUCUCAAUAUUUCUCUUGUAUUAUGUGUUAAUCGUAAAUAUCUAAUUGCUUUUAUGCUAAUAUAGUUGUGCGUUACAACCACC